AUGUCUAAAUCAUACUUUACCAUCGUUUUCACCGUUAUUUGUCUUUUUCAUUCUGUAUCUUCAUUUACUCCUUGUCCGCUCUUAGGACCAGCAUUCCCAGCACUCACCCUCGACAAAAACUCCUCAAUACUGACAUCUGCCCUGGCCGACCUUACCAAGAAAUUUGAUGAGCAAAAUAGCCAGGGGUCCGGUUCCCACGGAGAUGUCUCUCCCAAUACCACCUCGUUCAGUAUGUCGCUUUUCUCCACCAACCAGGGAACUGCGAGUGACAGUCCAUUCUUCUUCGACUAUCAUUACACUGCCCCUUCAGUGAAGAGCUCAACCAGUCAAUCUCAACAUGCGAGUCGGGACAGCAUUUAUCGCAUCGGUGGACUUACGCAGAUCUUCACCGUCUGGACUAGUCUCAUUGAGGAAGGCGACACCAUCUGGAACGAUCCUGUGACGAAGUAUCUCCCUGAGCUAGCUUCAGCUACAAAGGGUGCGCACGCGAAACAGGAUCCCCUUCGGUAUGUGGAUUGGGAUGGCAUUACUGUGGGCCAAAUAGCCAGUCAUAUGGCGGGUCUUCCUAGGAGCUACUGUACGGAUGAUAUAGGUAAAGAGGGCUCCAGUAUCGAUGAUGAAUUACCACCGUCCAAUGAUAGCAGUACUUGCACAUCCACUAAUCGCUCUCAAGCUGGAUCGCUUGCCCUCUUAGCUCAACAACCUCCAGUUACCCCUCCAGGAGUAACCCCGGUCUACUCCAACGUUGGAUUCCAAAUCCUAAGCUAUAUCAUAGAGAGGAUCACAGGCCAGCCAUUCAACGACGUCCUCGAGAGCCGCAUUCUCCAGCCACUCUCCCUCGGUAAAACAAGUCUACACACCCCUUCACGUAAUUCGUCCAGAAUCAUCCCAACAGACCCCAAAAGCAGCGGGUGGUUCACCCAAUAUGGGGGAGAAGCGCCAGCCCUCUCGAUGUAUUCGACAAUCACCGACCUCUCUACUGCCGGAAAGGCAAUUCUCAACUCAACCCUCCUACCCCAAACCCAGACAAAUCGCUGGCUCAAACCAGUCACCCACACAUCCAAUCCAGCCAACUCCCUCGGCUACCCAUGGAUCAUCUACAGCAGCGGUGACUAUCCCAACAUGUCAAUGGUAGACAUCUAUACCUAUUACAGCAGCAUCGGCCAGUACAGCUCCUACAUCGGUCUCGUGCCAGACUACAACGUUGGCUUCACCGUUCUCGCAGCCGAUAGCGUCUCAGCACCAGACUUAAACGCGCACGCUGAUAUCAUCGGUGAUAUUAUCUUGCCUGCGUUGAUGAAGAUGGCGGUUAAACAAGCGGGCGCUCGGUUCGGUGGCCAGUAUACCGCUACUGCUGGGCUUAAUUCCUCGAUCACUGUGUCUGUUGAUGAGUUGCCUGGGAUGUAUGUCGAGAGAUUCAUCAGUAAUGGGACAGAUUUCCAGGAAACCUUGGCUUCGUUAAUUGGGCUUGAAGAUCCGGACGCGUUAAGUAUCCGGUUGUAUCCGACUGGACUGGUCUCGGAGACAGCAUCAGGUGGUUCCAGGAUGGCAUUCAGGGCCAUUUUGCAGAAUAAAAAUGAGCUUGCUGAUGCUGGGACACAGACUUGUGUUUCGUGGAUGGAUGUGGAUAAGCUGAAAUAUCAGGGUCGUGCGCUGGACUCGUUUGUUUUUGAGGUGGAUGGCGAUGGAAAUGCUAUUGGGAUUGAGGUGCCGGCUUUGGAGCUGCAGUUGAAGAAGGGUAAGUAG